AUGGCAGGUUCUACCGCUGUCACACCAAUCCGAACCAGCACUACUCAGUAUAGCCGAGACUGUAUGCUUCAUCGUACACUCCUCCAGAAUCUCAUGGAGGAAGCAAACGCCCACAAGAGGGUGCAAUUGAUGCCGACCUUAACUUUCGACAAGAGACAAGUGAGGCAAAUCGUCGAUCUUCGCCAGCAGGACACUAAGGCUGCCACCCUUUCGCCUUGCGGCAACUCUUACCGUGGCGGUCAUAUUACCUCCUGCGGGACUAAAUCUAAUGGGCUCCUACGGUCCAAGCGCGACACUAAAAUCAAGCAACAUUUCGAGCGCUGGGUGCGCCAGCAAGCGGAAUGGUGCUCAGACUCGCACCCAACAUCUCCUCGAUCGAUGGGCUCUUCUAUUGCAGGGAGUAGUCCAGGUACAAACGAGGGAGCUGAGAAUGUCAUUCCGUUAUCCACCGUGUUGCUACCUGAUCCAUGUUCGCAGCGAUUACCAUGGCGCUAUGAGCUCGUCGACCCCAUGGCAAUGGUUCAAUUGAUCUCAAACACGCUUGGAAGGCUCGCAUUCCUCAACGACAUGGCAUGCCGCACCAGAUUUACCGUUACACGCUUUCACUCGAACAGAGCGCCCCGGAUAUCUGCCUGUGAGUACCUGAGACGCUUAACGCAUCGGUUGUGUCUCUCGUCUCCAACACUAGUGAUGAUAGUUAUCUACAUCCGACAACUCUGCAAAACACACCCCACAUUCGAUGUUUCGAGUCUUACAGCUCACCGGCUUCUUCUGAGCUGCGCCUUAGUUGCCAGCAAGAGUGUGAGUGACUUUGCCUGGCCGAACCAAUCCUUUGCUUCCGCGGGUGGUGUUUCCGCCGCCGAGAUGGCAGUUUUGGAGUUGGAGCUACUGAAAUAUCUGGAAUGGGAUGUCGCACCACAUCAGGAACGGCUGUCGGGGUGUUAUCGUGAUCUUGUCCAGGGGAGUAAUAGAUACUUGGCCGAGCAUGAGACAAGCACAGCUGGGCCUUAUACUGUCCAAUUUGAGCGUGGCUGUGUCUAA